GCGCGGCCGGGCGCGGUGCUGCCGCAGCGCCGUUGCGGGCGGGGCGCCGGUGCCGCCAUGUCGGAGCGGGGGGCCGCGGGCCCGGGCCCGGCCGCCAUCCAGGUCUCCAGAAUCAUGCGACCGGAUGAUGCCAACUUUGCUGGGAAUGUCCAUGGGGGAAUCAUCCUGAAGAUGAUCGAGGAGGCAGGAGCCAUCAUCAGCACCCGCCACUGCAACUCCCAGGAUGGGGAGCCCUGCGUGGCCGCGCUGGCGCGGGUGGAGCGGACGGACUUCCUCUCCCCGGUGUGCAUCGGCGAGGUGGCCAACGUCAGCGCUGAGAUCACCUACACCUCCCGGCACUCGGUGGAGGUCCAGGUCAAUGUCAUGUCCGAAAACAUUCUCACAGGGGCAAAGAAGGUGACAAACAAGGCGACGCUGUGGUAUGUGCCACUGUCCCUGAAGAACGUGAACAAGGUCGUUGAGGUUCCCCCCAUCCAGUAUGCAAGAAAGGAGCAGGAGGAGGAGGGGAAGAAGCGUUAUGAGGAGCAAAAGCUGGAUCGGCUGGAAACGAAGCAGAGAAAUGGAGAUGUGAUCUUCCCCAUCAUCAAUCCAGACAGGCAGACGAAAGAGCCGCACACCGUUGGCUACAGCCAGUCCAGCCUGAUCCAUCUGGUGGGACCUUCCGACUGCACGCUGCUGGGCUUCGUGCAUGGGGGUGUCACCAUGAAGCUCAUGGACGAGGUCGCGGGGAUUGUGGCUGCCCGUCACUGCAAGACCAACAUUGUCACCGCCUCCGUGGAUGCCAUCAACUUCCAUGAGAAGAUCAAGAAAGGCAGCGUCAUCACCAUUUCGGGACGCAUGACCUUCACAAGCAAUAAAUCCAUGGAAAUCGAGGUCUUUGUGGAUGCGGACCCGUUCGUGGAUGAGGCUCGGGAGCGGUACCGAGCCGUCAGCGCCUUCUUCACCUACGUCUCCUUGAGCAAGGAGGGGAAGCCCCUGCCCGUCCCGCAGCUGCUGACGGAGACGGAGGACGAGAAGCGGCGCUUCGAGGAAGGCAAGGGCAGGUACCUGCAGACCAAGGCCAAGCGGCAGGCGCAGCUGCAGCAGGCUGCCCUGCAGUGACCCAUCCCGCCCCGCGCGCCGCAGCCACGGUUCCUGUUCGUGUCGUGUCCGCGCCGGGCCUCGCGCCCUUUGCCUGCCGCCGGAGCCGCCGCGGCCGUGCCGCUGCUUCGCCGCUCAUCGGUUUAGCGCCGUAGACCUUGUGCUUUUAGGUGGCUUCAGCGCGCCCUGGGAGCCUUUCCCAUCGCUCGCCAUUCACCUCUGGAGCUGUUCCCACUGUUGAAUCCCACCGGAGAGGGUCCCUUUUCCCCGUGCCGGAGCGAGACGGGGGCGCGUGGUGGUGUGAGGGACGCGCGAGGCCGCGAGUCUGUGUGAUGCUGUGUUAAACGUGCCGGUACAUCCUGAACCAAAGCUUCUUACGUACGAUCCUUGGGACGAGGAACGCGCCCCGGGGUCGUAUGGAAUGUCUGGGACCGUUUCGUUGACAUCUCUAGGUAGUUUCUCUGUGCACAUCUAACUUAUUUAAGGAAACCUGUGGCAUAAAUAAAGUCUGUUGUUGCUGA